AUGGAUGACAAGCGUGAGUCAGCGGAUGAUUACGGUGAGGAAUAAAUUAACUCAUUACUUUGCAGUCGUUUAAUUAAUUGAUUCAUUGUUCAAACAGUAAUUAACUUGGUUUUUCACUAAUAGGUUAACUCUCCCGUCGUAUCACCGAAAAACAGUAUCCAAGUAGUUACAAGUGAAUUUGGCCUAGCUAAUAGCCUAACUUUGUUUUGUUGGAUAGUUUUAAUAAGAUGCAGGCUGCGACUGUUUUUCAUGGAGUUAACGUUAUACUUUAGAAAGCUAGCUAUUAGUGAUGGAUCAAAAUGUAGGCUACAUAAUGAGUAAGCUACCUGGAUGAAACUGGGGGAGGGUCAUGCUUUUUUCCAAAAAAAAAUAUUAUUUAACUAGGCAAGUCAGUUAACAAAUUCUUAUUUACAAUGACGGCCUACCAAAAGGCCUCCCUCCUGCGGGGGCUGGGAUUAAAAAUAUAGGACAAAACACACAUCACGACUUGAGACACCACAACACUACAUAAAGAGAGACCGAAGACAACAACACAACAUGGCAGCAGCACAAAGCAUGGUACAAACAUUAUUGGGCACAGACAACAGCACAAAGGGCAAGAAGGUAGAGACAACAAUGGUGUCUCUACCUUCACGCGAAGCAGCCACAAGUGUCAAUAAGAAUGUCCAUGAUUCAGUCUUUGAAUGAAGAUCAAACUGUCCAGUUUGAGUGUUUUUUGCAGCUCGUUCCAGUCGCUAACUUCAGCGAACUGAAAAGAGGAGCGACCCAGGGAUGUGUGUGCUUUGGGGACCUUUAACAGAAUGUGACUGGCAGAACGGGUUUUGUAUGUGGAGGAUGAGGGUUGCAGUAGGUAUCUCAGAUAGGGGGGAGUGAAGCCUAAGAGGUUUUUAUAAAUUUGUCAAGGGGAGUUUUUUUUUUUUUUUUUUAAAUCUAGUCUAGGGGAGGGUCAUGUAAUUGAUGAAAUUUCUAUAUUUCUCCGUUUUAGAAUUAGUUGCUUAUUAGGCUAUAUAUCGACGUGUGCCCGAUGCCGCCACUCAUCUCUAAUGAUCAGCUGGGUGCGCAAUAUGAAGUGUGCCUGUAGGCUAUUUAGUGUGGUCGCAAUAAAAGUAUCUAUAGGCUACAAAGUGCAUGCUUGGAGAAGCACAGAGCAAAGUUAUUUUUAAGAUAGCUGAUGGUGUAAAUAAAACUAUGCUGCAUUACACACUGCAAUGGCUAUUCCAACCCCGAGUCCUGCCUGCUCUGCUCUUGCGGAUCAAGCAUUCCUAGUCGAUCACCAAACAUUUCUGUAGAAAAGCCAACGAUAAAGGCUUGUUGCGCAGUGGGGGUAGGUGCACUUGAUUCAGAAGCCCUGCGCACCGGGUACAGAAAGUGUUCCCAUUUUGAACCAGUUCAUUUGUCUGACCAGGAGAUCUAUGGCUAAAUGUAGUUCGCCUACUGCGCUGGCCAAUCGGAUAGCUCAAAUCACUGUUCCUUCAGGUUCCACAACCCCGGCCACAGCGAAGUUUGAUAGGCCUACUAGACUACAUGAGAUUUCAUAACUUGCAAAACCAUGACCAGAGAGAGACUGUCAAAGAAUACAUCAACGUUUUUAUGAAUGAGUUCAUGUCUAAGUUUUUAUUAAGCACUGUCACCACUGUUUUUGUUAGCAGUUUGUCGUGACGAUUUUAAUAUCGAGGAAUAUUUCACUUUCUCUGGUCAUAGGAACAACAUGAAUUUGUGCAUGAGGCAGAUGCGGUGCGACUCGAGUUUCGCCAUCAGGUAGAAGACAUUGUCCCCUCACUCUGGUCAGUCUCACCAGAGGAAAGGAAGGCGAGAGCAGUGACGGUGAGAGGCGGACCCUCUGCUGCUCUCAAUUCAAUUCAAUUCAAUUCAAUUUAAGGGCUUUAUUGGCAUGGGAAACGUGUGUUAACAUUGCCAAAGCAAGCUCUCUCUCUCUCCCUCCGCUGCUAAUGCCAUGUUCAAAACAACUGGAAACUCGGAAAUCUCCGACUUAAGUGUAUUCAAGACAACUGGGAACUCGGGGGGAAAAAACGUUUUAAAAGGUCAUCCACUCGGAAUUCCAAGUUGGAAACUCUGGCAUCUUUCUACAGCGCCGACUUUUCGACCUGAACAUCGCUGACGUCAUGAUUUGACAUCGUUUUUAUCAGAGUUCCCAGUUGUCGUGAAAGCACCAUGACCAUCAGAUGCAGGUACCAUCAGUCCAGUAAAAAUAAAAAAGCAAAUUAUUUCAAUUUAUGCUCAGCUGUGCCUCGAAAGUGCUACACAAACUGAUCGAUUUUGUUAUCAAAGCUCGAGUUUUGAAAUAUAAUAUGGUCUGAGAAUAACAAUAUUGGUAGGCCAGGCAUAUAGCCAAUAUGCUGUGAUAAUGUAUUAGGCCUACUACACACAUAUCAUUCCUACAGAACAGUUUUUAUUAUGUUAAUGUUUCAUUUUUUUACGUCAUGUUUAAAAAAAAAUCUGAGCGGUAGAUCUCAGCUUGCUUCUUGACUGCGAAUGAGAUCUUAAGUCAGAAAACGUUGGUGACCACUGCUAUAGCAUAUUUUCUGUUCAGAUUGAGGAGAGCACGAAGAUGAGGAGGACCGGAGGUCAAUUUUGAUAGCUUGCUACUCUAUAAUUGAUUCGAUUAAAAACAAUAUGUUUCUUGCCCAUGGUGUAGUCUUAUUUAUCAGUUAUUGACCUCACAAUAAGCCAGAUUCAAGUAACUUACAUUGUGGUGCUGAAAGCAGCAGCCGUGACACAAUCAAUCGGAAAUGGACAGCUCAUUGUCCUGAAAGUAGCCAAAUUCGAGUAGGCAUAAUUCAUUUAAAUGUCUGCAUUUUAAUUAGACUUUACUAACAACAAGAGGGCUUUGUGUUGGAGCCUAUUUCUUCCUAUUUAAGAAAUGAGAGGUAAGCCUACCUGUUUGACAGACGAAAUGAGCCUUUAGGCUGCUAUAUCCAUCCAUGCACACUUUAAAUAGUCUACCUCCGUGUCAGUGAAGGGCUGGUAAAUUAAAACCAAGACUGGAAUUGAGGGGUUAUGAGAGGGUAGGCUAUGCCAUAUGUCUACUUUUUAUAAAAGAAAAUGGUAAAAAGCAUAGCGCUUUGGCCCGCGAUGCUUUAUGCUAGAAACAAGCUGUAAAAUACCCGGGAAAGUAGUGACUCCUAUGCAUAUGGGGAUAUCAUUGUUUAGUUUAUUUGACAUUCAGAGGCUGAGCUACAACCUUCUAUAGCCGAGGAUACUUAAAAAAAAAAAAAAACUUUGCUUGGGAAGUAAUCUAAUUCUGUCACUCAAUUGUUUAAGCGAUUCACUUUAUGUACAAUAUAUGUUUAAACCCAAACAGCUUUUAGGGAAACACUUGUGACCUUCUGUCAUUGGGUUAAGCUAUGGAAGAAGAGUAGUCAGCAGUUAAAUCUGCUGCGUCGGAAGGCCUACUCUGUCUGGGAUGGAAAGGUAGUCCUAAUUUUUGAAAGUACCAUGCUGAGAUUCUUAAUGACGUCUCAGAUUUAAUUAUUUGCAAACAGGGACAGUUUCGUUGCAAACAAGACAAACUGAUUUGGCAUUGGAGAAAUAUGAUAAGAUUAACACAUAUGCCUAUCUCUCUGUCCAUUCUUAGCCAGUAAAUUCGGUAAUUUGUGUGGAAUUGAAAAUAUUCUGCUAAUAUGUAAAAUGACGUAGAAUUGUAUGAAAUGUUUAUAAAAGGCCAUUUUUUCUCUGACAUGCAAAUACGAUGAUAGAUUCAUGCAAUGCUUUUACCAUAAAGGAGAUCUUUCCACCCUGAUUCUUGUCCACGGUGGUCUGCGAAACCACAACCUUCUGGCCUGCAGCCUUGUGCACUAUCAAAAUUCCUGCGUUGCCGUGUAAUGCUAACAGGCCGAAGAACAGUUUUUAAAACUGCAUAUCUAAGGCUCUGAUCUGUCCAAGAAGUGAGGGUAAACGGUAGACAUGUUCUCUGCUAUCCACUUGGUGUUUUAAUUAUAAUUUUUGGUAUAGGGAAAGGGGGAUACCUAGUCAGUUUUACAACUGAAUGCAUUCAACUAAAAUGUGUCAUCUGCAUUUAACCCAACCCCUCUGACUCAGAGCAGUGCAGGGGUAUAGGGGAGGGUCACUUGUUUUUUUUCAAUCAUUCAAGGAGGGUUCAGGUAAAAUAUAUUUUUCUGAAGGGAGGGCCAUCCAUUUUAAAUUCAGAGCGGCCCGAUUUUCUCCAUGUAACCCUAAUUAAUGAGCAGGUGAGGCAGCGAAUGGCCUCAGCAUACCUGCCAUUUUAAUUACAGUCAUUAGAACACUGUUAUGUGCAAGCUAGGCCCACAUGACAUCACCUCAUAAUCUAGAUUCUUCUCAUUUUACCCAAACCAGUAUUUGCUUUUACCUGACUAAUCAUUACCCAAUGAUACUCAGUGGCACUAUUUUGAACUUUUUGUCACUUUGUGCCACUCCAUCAUGCUAUUUCAGUGAGUGUUAUGUAAUGUUAUGACAGUCUUAUUUCAUGCUAAGUUGCUCUGUGUGGCUGUAUGCAGACUGCCCAAGCCUCCUGUGUGAGGAACAGGAGGAUGAAGAGGAGGAGAGUUACCGUGGAGAUGAUGAGACCGGAGGAGAGGAGGGGGGAGAGAGAGAAGAAUGGGACAAAGGACAAAGAGGAAGAAGAGAGAGAGUGGAGGAGGAGGAAGAAGAGAUGGGAGAAGAGACAGAGAAGGAGGAGAAGAAUGGAGAGAUGGGUGAGGAAGGAGUAACAGAAAGAGAAGAGGAGAGUGAGGUGGUAGUUGAUUUUGAAGAGGAGGGAGGAGAGAUGGAGAAGAGACAGUUGAGAAAGAGGAAAGGGAGGGCAGAGAAAGAAGUAAAGGAGGUGGUGGUGAUUGAGGAUAGGAGAGGGAGGGAAGAGGAAGAGGAGAUGAAUGACAGGCGAGAGAGAGAUAGGGAGGAGAAGGUAGAGGAGGAAAAGAAGCAGAAAGGAGUGAUGGAGGCGGCUCUGUCUCUCGACCUCGUCGGCGUGACAACUGACCCUAUCAGCAUGACGACCACCACUCAUGAUGACUCUGGGUACCUGAGCUCUGGGAUGGGGUUCUACUGUCCCCCCGAACCUCUCCUAUUCCACACCCAGCCUAAACCUCACCCCCAACCCCUUCUGCCCAGUGGGGUGAAGCGCCCCCACAGUGUCAGCCCCCCUCUCCCUCCCACCCAAAGCCUACAGGUAAGACAGACAAGAGGAGAUGACAUCAUACUUUCAGGAGUGAUGUCAUUACAAUGGGGUCCUGCACAGUGCUCUAUAAAGUUCACACAACCGCUAACCCCUAGUUAGUCCCUCCUGUAGCUCAGUUGGUAGAGCAUGGUGCUUGCAACGCCAGGGUUGUGGGUUCGAUUCCCACAGGGGGCCAGUAUGAAAAAUGUAUGCACUCACUAACUGUAAGUCGCUCUGGAUAAGAGCGUCUGCUAAAUGACUAAAAUGUAAAUGUAAUACUUGGAGAUGUGAAAGGACUGGAUAUAUACUAAAUAGAACGAACACACACACACACACACUGCUCUUCCACAGGUAAAGGUGACUCGAGUGUACUCUACCCGCCGUUCAAUUGGCUACAGCGCCCGGGGGCGUGGCCAGGUGCUUCCCCUCCCCCCGUUGCCAGCGGUAACCAUGGGAGUCCCCUCCCUGUUGCCCUCCCUGCCCAAGAAGAAGACACGAACACUCUACAGCACUGGUGAGGAGACUGUGUGUGUCCACUCUGACCUAUUGCCUUUGUCUAUGUGUAACCAGUGUGUGUGUGUGUAGACCAGUUGGAGCAGCUAGAGGGUAUGUUCCAGGAGGACCACUACCCAGACGGAGAGAAGAGGAAGGAGAUUGCCGCCACGGUGGGCGUCACGCCCCAGAGGAUCAUGGUUAGUACUCUCCAGGAGGAGACCUAUUAGGAUUUGAGGUUUAUAUUUUGCUUCUCUACCUUCCUCCGUCUCUCCUCUCAUCCCUCCCCCUCUCCUCUCAUCCCUCCCCCUCUCCUCUCAUCCCUCCCCCUCUCCUCUCAUCCCUCCCCCUCUCUGGUUGUCAGGUGUGGUUUCAGAACCGUAGGGCCAAAUGGAGGAAGGCCAGUCGUUCUACAGUGAAGCCAGAACACAAACAGACCUGCAGCAGCCUCCCUGACCCCAACCCUACCCCCCUCCAUGCACCACACCCACACCCUAGGUAGGCUCAGACAGCAAUAUGACAUCACCGGUUUCAGACAUCCACAAUAAAGAACACAUUUUAUAUCUGCCAAAACAGCCACUAUUAACUCUUCCAGACAAUGUGCACCCUCCCUUGAAGCAUGCCCACAUUGGGAGGGCUGACAGGGUCUUGCAUGAUGCAUACAUUGGGAGGGCUGACAGGGUCUUGAACUGACAAGGUCUCCGUCUUGAGCUGUGUGAUAAUGGCCAAACUGAAGCUGAGAUUUGAUUAUACUAACUCUAGUCUGUCUCUAUAGUGCGGCUGCAGGACACAUCACCCCCUUCAUCCCUCCCGCUGGUCUCUCCUUACCUCUCCCUCCUACCAACCAGGCCCUCCCGUCCUACAGCACCCUGCUAGCCAGCCUCUCAUCCAGCCCUACAGGUAGGCAGUCAAUCUAUCCAUCCAUCAGUCACACUACACAAACAAUUGUUAAUGUUUGUUAAUGUUUGACUGUAUAUCUUUAUGUGACUCCCAGGCAGGUCAAGAGGAGGAGGGGAGGGAGGGCUACCGUCAGGACCUCAGGGGGGGUCAGUGGAGCACCUACCUCCUAUCAUGUAUAGCCCACCCCCUUUACGACGUGCCAGCCUCCCCCUCCUGACUACCUUCCUGAACCCCCCCAACCCUACCCCAACCCCCCCUCCACCAACCCCACAACCCACCCCAACAUCGCCUUUCUUCAUGGAUGUGUUGGAGCCCCACCCUCACCCCCCCAACAGAGACACACAGGGACUCACCCUGCAGACUGACACUGGGUGAGUAAUUGAAUGACAUUGCAUGACGUAGGCUGAAUGGAACUGAAAAGACACCCAUGCCUAUGUGUAAUGGGAAAUAUCGAAGAUUAAUACAGUUAAUUUUAGAGUGAUUAACACUAUGUUUUCCCUGUCUGUAAUACACAUUUCCAGUGUUCUGGUUGUACGGGUUGAUGUUCACUAGACUUGUUACUGAAAGCUAUGGGUUGUUCUCAUAUCGUUUGAUGGUGAUUGACGUCAGAGCUACUGAAGACACAAUGACAUUAUGAACACUGAUCCUGUAGCAACUGGCAAAGUCACUGUCUUUUGUUUUCACCUCUUACAAGCCUCUGAUUUAAUAUAAAUAAGUGCCUUCUCACAGAAGGCACGUUAGACAUUUUCUGUGCUGGAGGUGUCUCCCUGUUGCAACUUGUAAUUAAAGCAGAUUGAUUUAUGAGUGACUAUCUGCGACUGCUCAUCUCUUUACAUUAUGUGUGUGUGUCAUCCCCAGUUCUCUGUUUGACUACAGCAGUGAUCUCCUGUCCAGCAGCAGCAGCUCAGUGAAGAUAGAUCCUCAGCACUACCUGACCUCCAGCCACCAGGGCGGCGCUACAGUCUCCUACCAACCUCAGGCUUCCCGCCUGGCCUACCUCACCCCCUCCCCCUACCUCAACCCCAACCCUCCUGAGGGGAGUGCCCCUCCCCCCUCCUACCUCACCUUCGGUCCGGGGGGCGGGCCCGGGGUGGUGACUUAUGCAGCUGGAGGCCACACCUACUUCCAGGCACAGACUGGAGGGGGACCGAUCCUACUGCAGUCUGGGCUACACGGUGAGUCACUGUUGGGAUAACACCUAGACACACACACACACACAACAUUUUGAGAUUGGACAUUAGAGUCAGUGUGUGUGUGUGUGUGUUUAGGUGGUAUCACAGCCUACCAGUCGUACCCGUGGGAUCAGAUCUACAGCCAUCCAGCAGUGUUCCAGCAGCGUAACCAGUGUUCCCAGUUUACUACCACCACACUGGGGAGCCGAGACCACCCAACCUCCUCCUCCUACCUGCCACCCACUUACUACCCCCGUUCACACACACACUCCCAGAGACCCUCACACACUCUCACACACACCUCUACCCAGGCCCAGGUCCUGCCCCCAGCCUCUAGCCUGCAACCCCCCCUCCCCAGAGGGGCCAGCGCCCCCCAGCCCAGAGCCCCCACACCACCCUUGGCCCUCCUGGAUCUCCCCACCUGUGUGAAGGCUGAGAAUGAGAGCCCUCCCCACGUACACAGCAGCCACUUCCACUGUGACUUCUCACCCAUACUCUUCUGA